AGGUCAGGCCAUCAAAUUUUCUCUCUUUACAAAUACUGCAGUUUUCUCUCUCUAGAAUCUUGAAUCUCUCUUGUUGAUAAAAAUUGAAUCUUUCUUAGCAAGGGGAAAUUUAAGUCAAAACCCAGAAUCAAAAUUCAAUCUUUUAGUGGUUUUGGAGAGGUUAAUUUGGAGUGUAAGUUGAUUAGCGUGUAGGAAAUUGGGGGUUUACUUGGUGUUAAAGAGAGGUAUCUGUGUUGGGUUUGGGACUUCAUGGUUGAAAAAUAGGAGCUUUUUUUUGGGUGUUAUUGGAGUAAUUUGGAUUAGGGUUUGAGUUUGGUGAAUUGUAAUUCAAAAUUUAUGCUAUUGGUUUUGGAGGGAGAGUUAGUUGGAAAUUGAGAUCUCUGGUUUUGGACUCAAAACCCUCCAAUCUUGAUAUUGUCUUGCUUCAAUUUCUGAAGAUGUGCUUCGACUCACUGGUUUUGGGUUUGCGUGGGGAGAGAUUAAAGCUUGUUUGGAAGAUGGAUUUUUGGAAGAAAGAGCAAAACCCUAACUUAGAAGUGAAAUUGGGGCCUUAGGGUUUUGUGUUGUGGCUGUGGAAAUUUUUGCGGCCUUGUUUGUUGUUAAGAAAUGCCACCACCGAAUCAGCACCAACGGGUCAAUCUUGUUGAAUUGAAAGCUCAGGUAGUUAAGAAACUCGGGCUGGAGGGAUCAAACCGAUAUUUUUUCUAUUUGAAUAGGUUUCUGAAUUUGAAGCUAAGCAAGGUUGAGUUCAAUAAGCUUUGCCUUCAGAUUGUUGGGAGAGAGAAUAUUUCACUGCAUAAUCAAUUCAUUCGUUCCAUUCUGAAAAAUGCUUGUAGUGCAAAAGCCCCACCGCCAACUCUUGACAAGCAUAGUGUGUCAAAUCCAUCUUUUUUGUCGAAUGGAGACAUUCGAGCAGUUUCAACCCGGAAGGUCAGGACAGAAAUACGUGAUCGCAACACCUUUGAUCAUCACAAUGCUUUUGGCCCAAAUGCAAACACAAAGAGCAGCAAUUCUGUUGUUUUGGAAAAUGGGGAUUUGACUCCACAUGAAAUUCGAUGGCCGGUGCAGCAUCAUCAAGGACAUGCAGAGCAAGCGGAAGAAACUGAACGUGAGGUUUCACAUUUCCCCUCUGGCAAUGUCUCGUCAACAAAGAGAUAUACAGAUGGCUCAGUUUCUUUACAUAGCAAAGACCCAGUCGAAGCGGCACGUUUGGAAGAUCGGAGAGAUGGCUUUUCUAGGAGUUCACUCAGUGCCCCACUUGGGGUUCCAUUAUGCCAAGUUAGUGUUGGUGGAGCCCGCAGAACAAUGCCUUCGGCAAGUAGUAGUAAUUGUGCCAGCUUAUUCAACAGCGGUAGUUUGUUGGACACCGCAACAUUGAGGCAACGGAUGGAGCAGAUUGCUGUAGCACAAGGCCUUGAAGGGGUGACAAUGGACUGUGCCAACUUUUUGAACAAGGGUUUGGAUGUUUACUUAAAGGGUUUAGUUACAUCAUGCAUUGAACUAGUGGGGGCAAGGUCAGGACAAGAAUUUAGGAGUAGUACAAACAAGAACCAGACUCAUUUGAAGCUUGUUAAUGGUGUUAGGCCAGGUCAUCAUCUUCAUAUGCAAAGUAGAGGUAAUCCUAUGGAAAGCAUACAAGAAAGGAAACUCGAUUGUCCCAUAUCGUUGCUAGAUUUCAGAGUUGCAAUGGAGGUGAACCCACAGCAACUUGGCGAAGACUGGCCAAUACUGCUGGAGAGAAUAUGUACAAAUGCAUUUGAAGAAUGAAAAAGGAUGCCAAAUUCAAGUGUGCUUGCUUUAAUUGGGUUGGCCAUUACCCGUUCUAAGGGCAUGCUUCUUUCGGGGGCCUUUUGGGCAUGUUGAUGCAUGCUUUCAUUGCCUUUCUGCGCCACUCUACUGCCCUCAAGGAUAAGCUUCGCCCUGAAAAGAUGAUGGGGUUCAGAAUACGAAAUCUCAGAUUUAGUGUCCCCGGCCAGCAAUACAGAAUUUAUAAGCAACCAAUCAAUGGGACUUGAAGAAAAUGAUCCCAAAUAUGGUUGCAUUGUUGUAUUAUUAGCAUGUCUCACUGCAUUUUUGUUUUUGUUUUUUGACUUCCGUUGUAGUUUUUACAGCCCAUUAAGUGGAGGAUUAGUAACAUUUUUGCGGGAAUAAUUUAUGUAAGUCUGGUAGGAAGCUCAAGUUGAAUGUAAAAGUUGUUGUGUAUGUAUUUUCAACACUAGGAAUUGAUUGUUAUCUCGGUGUUAACGACGUGUUUUAUCAAGAUUAUCCUCGACGAUACAACAUUGUUCGUUUUGAGUUUAA